AUGAACAAAGCAGGCACCAAGCUCCCGGAAAACAUAUCAAUCCUAUCGGCAAGAAAACUCCCACACGGAGGAAUCCUGUAUGAGUUCAACACACCAACGUCCACUGAAUGGAUUAACAUCCCAGCAAACAGAAGUAAUAUCCUCAAUCAUUUCGGCACUGACAUCAUUAUAAAGGAGCACGCAUACCACCUACUCCUGGAGAACGUCCCCAUUUCCUUCGACCCCAACUCAAAGAUCAUCCUAGCAGAGAUGGAAUGGAAAGGAGGACUAGAACAGGACGACAUUAUGAAAGCUCAAUACAUCAAACCUGUUGCGAGACGCAGCAUCAACCAGAGAACAGCCCAUGUCGCCAUCACACUAAAAACAAAGAAAGCAGCCAACCAAAUCAUUCGACACAGAAUAUCCAUGGAAGGUAAGAAAGUAUAUGGCCGAAAAGCUCCUCCCGGAACCAACAAGAUGCCUCAAAUGUCAAUCAUUCGACGGAGGACACAUCGCAGCAGACUGUCCCCAAAAGCAUGA